AUGGCCGCCAACCAGAAGAUUGUGUUCGCCCUCGUCUGCCUCUUUGUGGCAUGUGACUUGGUGCUGGGUCAGCAGCAGGCGGCCAACAGCUCGGAUGCGGAAUCCGAUGUGGCGGAAAGCCGUACUUUUGGCCAUCAUUUCCUGCGGCGCAUCAGCUUCGCCUUGGUGCCCGGCGCCUUCGUCGUGGGCGUGAUCACCACCCUGCUGGCGGCCUUGACUGUCGUCUCCAUCAAGGGGCUGGGCGUGGGCGUUAUCCUGCUCGUGCUGGCCAUCGGCCAAAUGCUGUCCCGUGCUCUUCCCGUCCAGGCAGCCGCCGCCUAUGCCGCUGCACCCGUUCCUGUCCAGGCUCCCGUGCCGGUGGUCUACUCCCACUCGCACACCCAGCAGCCCGUCUGGUUGGAGAAGGAGUGGUAG